GGGGGUGUAAUGUUAUCAUAUAUCACGCUACCUCGUAAAACCGACACUGAAAGCUGCCGGACAACAAAUCACAGGUCAAAAUUAUGAGUUCUUCGUAUUAUGUGAACGCGCUUUUUAGCAAAUAUACGGCGGGGGCUUCUCUGUUCCAAAAUGCCGAGCCGACUUCUUGCUCCUUUGCGCCCAACUCUCAGAGAAGCGGCUAUGGGGCGGGCGCCGGCGCCUUCGCUUCGACAGUACCAGGCUUGUACAAUGUCAACAGCCCCCUCUAUCAGAGCCCCUUCGCGUCCGGCUACGGCCUGGGCGCCGACGCCUACGGCAACCUGCCCUGCGCCUCCUACGACCAAAACAUCCCCGGGCUCUGCAGUGACCUCGCCAAAGGCGCCUGCGACAAGGCGGACGAAGGCGCGCUGCACGGUCCGGCCGAGGCCAAUUUCCGCAUCUAUCCCUGGAUGCGGUCUUCAGGGCCCGACAGGAAGCGGGGCCGCCAGACCUACACGCGCUACCAGACGCUGGAGCUGGAGAAGGAGUUCCACUUCAACCGCUACCUGACGCGGCGCCGCCGCAUCGAGAUCGCCCACGCGCUCUGCCUCACCGAGCGCCAGAUCAAGAUCUGGUUCCAGAACCGCCGCAUGAAGUGGAAGAAAGAGCAUAAGGACGAGGGUCCGGCUGCUACCGCAGCCCCCGAGGGCGCCGUGCCUGCCACCGCCGCCACCGCCGCCGCGGACAAGGCUGACGACGAGGACGACGACGACGAAGACGAAGACGAUGAGGAGGAGGAGGAGGAAUAAGGGGCUGAGCCGGGGCCCUGGCUGCACCAGACAGUCGGGAAAGCCGUCUUUAGAGACUCAUUGAUUUUAUUUACG